AUGGCAGCACACAGACACUCAGUGAAGCUGGUUGUCGUCGGCGACGGCGCAGUGGGCAAGACCUGCCUCCUCAUAGCAUACUCCACCAACAAGGCGCCCACGGACUACGUCCCCACGGUCUUUGACAAUUACAUUGUAAACUUGUCCGCCGGCGAUCACGAGAUCGAGCUCAGUCUGUGGGACACGGCUGGCCAGGAGGAUUUUGACCGCAUCCGGCCGCUCUCGUACGCUGGGACUGACGUGUUCUUGGUCUGCUUCUCUCUGGUGAGCCGGACCUCCAUGCACAACGUGCCCUACAAAUGGAUCCCCGAGCUCAGACAGUACUGCCCCGACACGCCCAUCGUGCUCGUGGGCACCAAGGCCGAUCUUCGAAGUGACCCAAUGAUUCUCGAUCAGCUCAAGGCGAUGGGGCAGACGCCAGUGGCCGGAGAAGAAGGGCUGGAGCUGGCUCGAAGCAUCGGGGCGGUCAACUACGUGGAGUGCUCGGCGAUCACGGGCGAGAACCUGAAGACCGUGUUCGACACGGCGGUGAAGGCCGUCCUACUGGGCACGGGCAGACAGACGAAGAAGAGCAAGAGGAGCGGACGCAAGGGCACGGUCGGCUCCCGCGUCAAGUCGCUCACCUCCGGACGGCGACACAGCGCCGCCGUCGACGGAUCCGAUAACCACCACAAGUGUGUGCUCAUGUGA